AUGAUGGAUUCCCUCCCAACUAAAAGUGAUGCCAUUGGUCAUAUUGAUGGUCAACCCACUAGUAAAGUGGUUGACGUAUUUGGAACACAAGAGAACAUUAUUGUGAUGGAUUCGAAAACUAUCAAAAGUGGUAAUGUUGCCAAAAGUGAUGAUCAAUACUCCAAUUUGCCUCUUUAUAAUAACAAUUUGGCCUUAUUAUUGGGAGUCACUCAAAGAGGUCAUGAAAACCAAUCAUAUGGGGUGGAAAACUAUUUCAUGGAUAUUGUUGCUGACUUUGAUGAAUGCUUUUGGAUGGGCUUUUCUAGAAGUGAGGUAUCAAUGAAGGGGUUUUGUUUGAAUGGUCUGAUUGCAGAAUAA